UCUCUGUUCUUCCUCUUCACGAGGUUACUUCACUUCUAUUAUACUAGUAGCGCUCUUAACCAUUAACUCUCUCAUUUCAAACUACAGUAUAUCUCAUCUUUAUUCGUUCUUGUUUGUUUCAUUGCAUGGUAGAAGUACAGUAGUAAAAAAAUGUACACAUCAUCAUCAACAAGAAGACCCAAAUGGCAUCAACAUCCACCUCCUCCUCCAACACCAAGAAUACUUCACUUCCCUCGCCGUCCUCGCCGGAGACUCCCUUUCUCCUCCUCCUCUUCUGCCCGGAAUGACCUCAAAAUGAGUAACAACAAUAACAAUAGUAACAUGUUGGGGUCGUUGUUUGAUAGAGAAAAACGUGCACCUCCGGUGAAUGUUCCAGUAGUGCUGUUGGAGGAAGAAAGGAGGAGGGAGAGAGUUGUUACUGAGAGUGGUGAUGGGUUGGAGGAAGAGAAGUGGAAGUUUCAAGCGGAGAUGUUGAGAGCCGAGUGUAAUUUGUUGAGGAUGGAGAAGGAAAUUGCUGUUAAGAAGCUGGAGAGGACUCGUUCGAAAAUGGAACGGACUCUAAGAUCUGUUGUUCAUACCCUUGUUUCUGGGAGAAUAAAGAUUUGUGAAGGAAAGAAUAUUGACAUGGUUUUGGAUGAAGAGAUUCAUGAGUUGACGGAGAAACUUCAGAAGCUGCAAAAGAGAUCAACGGUUAAGGAUUCUGAGAGAAGGAAGAGUAACAAAAAUUUUGACAAACAAGUUUCUGUUCUGCAGAGACGGCUCGAGAAGAUUGGAGGACCGUCCGAUGGAAUAUAUUUAAGGGAGUUUGAAGAGAUGGAAAAUGUUAGUUUGUUAGUUAGAAGAAGUGGAAGGUUUGAUGAUAGUGUUGUUGCCAGUGGAAAAUUGAAUGUUGAGAUUCUAAGAAAAAAAAUGGAGGGAUUGUCAAAGGGGAUAUUAUUGGAGAGAAUGGAGGAAGAGUACAAUUCACUGCUGUCCACUGCUAGUAGCUCUCUUGCUAGUUCUGGUUCAACUUCCAAGAGAGUUGAAUUUCAACUACCUCAUCAGGCAUGUUCUUGA